CGUAUGUUUGUGGGGACGGAAGGAAGAUGCUUGGGAGUCAUGUUGUCAAAACCUUUAGGAUCCUGCCGAUCUCGUUCGUAAUUCUCCUUCUCCCUGCCGCCACCGGGGCUGCAUACGACUACCGCGAGGCCCUGUCGAAGAGCCUGCUCUACUUCGAGGCGCAGCGCUCCGGCCAUCUUCCUUACCACCAGCGCAUCACCUGGCGCGGUCACUCCGGCCUCACCGAUGGCCUCGAACAAGGAGUUGAUUUGGUUGGAGGAUACUACGACGCAGGAGACCACGUAAAGUUCGGCCUGCCGAUGGCUUUCACCAUAACCAUGUUGUCUUGGGGUGUCAUGGAGAACGGGGAUGCGAUCGCGGCGGCCGGGGAGUUCGAGCACUCGUUGGAGGCGAUCAAAUGGGGGACUGAUUACUUCAUCAAAGCCCACACUCACCCCAACGUCCUCUGGGCCGAGGUCGGAGACGGCGACACCGACCACUACUGUUGGCAAAGGCCAGAAGACAUGACCACGUCGAGACAAGCGUACAAGAUCGACGCGGAGCACCCGGGAUCAGAGCUAGCAGGAGAGACAGCAGCAGCCAUGGCGGCCGCGUCCAUCGUGUUCAAGAAGACCAACCCACGCUACUCUCACCUCCUACUGCGUCACGCCCAACAGCUGUUCGAGUUCGGGAACAAGUACAGAGGCCGCUACCAUCUCAGCGUGCCGGCGGCGAAGAGCUACUACCCAUCGCUGAGCGGCUACGGCGACGAGCUGCUGUGGGCGGCGCUGUGGCUCCACCGGGCGACGGGAAGAGAGUAUUACUUGCAGUACGCGGUCGACAAAGCGUACACGUUGGGCGGGGCCACAUGGGCCAUUUCAGAGUUCAGCUGGGACAUCAAAUACGCCGGCGUUCAAAUUCUUGCGUCCAAGCUGCUGAUGGAAGGAGGCGGAGGACGUGUUCAAGACCAGCAAAGAAACACACUGCAGCAGUACCGAUCUAAAGCAGAGCAUUACUUGUGCUCCUGCCUCGGCAUGAGCAGCAACGACAGCAACGUGCGCCGCACCCCUGGUGGCCUCCUCUUCGUCCGCCGGUGGAACAACAUGCAGUACGUGGCCGGCGCCGCCUUCCUCCUCAUCGUUUUCUCCGACCAGCUCGCGCUGGCCCACGAAGAUCUGCACUGUCCCCGGGGUUCGCUCAGCCCGCAGGAAGUGCUCUCCUUCGCCAAGGCCCAGUUGGACUACGUCCUCGGCUCCAACCCAAUGGGCAUCAGCUACAUGGUGGGCUUCGGGCCCCGGUACCCCACCAGGGUGCACCACCGAGCGGCUUCCACCGUGCCUUACAAGGAGGACAAGUCCUUCGUCGGCUGCGCCCAGGGCUACGACGCGUGGUUCGGCCGGCAAAUGCCGAACCCCAACGUGCUCGUCGGCGCCAUCGUCGGCGGCCCGGGCGCCAAGGACGAGUUCAGGGACGUGAGGGGGAACUACAUGCAGACGGAGGCGUGCACGUACAACACGGCGCAGAUGGUCGGAGUGUUCGCGAGGUUUUCUCAGCCGGAGAGACGAUGACAAGCUUCUGCAUGCAAACAACACACGCAGACACAUAGGAAACAGGUUCUGGUUUUUUGAGCCCUUUAUUUCCUCGUUGCCAUUUGUAGGGACGAGGAUAUGUUUUACUGGGUAUAAGACACAUUAGAGCUACAGAAACAGUGAAGGUAAAAGCAACACAGAAAGAGAGAGAGAAA